UCGCCCAUCCAACGUGCUAAUCAAUCCCGAAUCUAGAAUCCUCCCGCAACAAACGCCAUGGCGUCUGCAUCGCCGCCGCAGCCCUUGCUCCCAGUGACCAAUCCCUCCUCCGGCAGCGGCGGCGGCGGCUCGGGGCCGUCCUCCGGCAACGGGCUCUCGGAAUCGGCGCUUGCCACACCGGCCUUCCGGCUCUUCCUCAGCAGGGUCUCCGACACGGCGCGGCGCUCGCUCGCGGACCGCCGCCCCUGGACAGAGCUCGUCGACCGCACGGCCAUCUCGCGGCCGGACUCCCUCUCCGAGGCCACCUCGCGGCUGCGCCGCAACCUCGGCUACUUCCGCGUCAACUACGCUGCCGUGGUGGCCUUCUCCCUCGCGGCCUCGCUGCUGGCGCACCCCUUCUCCCUCCUCGUCCUCCUCAGCAUCCUCGGCGCCUGGUGCUUCCUGUAUGUCUUCCGCGCCUCCGACCAGCCCGUCGUGCUCUUCGGCCGCACCUUCUCCGACCGCGAGACGCUGCUCGGCCUCGUCGUCGCAUCGAUGCUCGCCUUCUUCCUGACGUCCGUGGCCUCGCUCAUCAUCUCCGGCCUGCUCGUCGGCGGCGCGAUUGUCGCAGUGCACGGCGCCUUCCGCAUGCCCGAGGACCUCUUCCUCGACGAUUCGAGUGCUGUUUCCAGUGGCAACACUACCAACAGGCUGCUCUCCUUCCUCGCGUCGCCCGGAUCUGGUGUUUGAGGCAGCGGGAGAUCUGGUAGGGUUCUUGCCUCGGCCAGUUUAUUUCAAGUCUGAAUUGGUAUAGAUCUGGAUCCGUGACUAUAGCUAAUUGCUUCUCACUCCGGUGGUAUACAUAUCGACUCGGUAUGGAUAUGGAGAUCUGAUUUUGGUUUUCAUACGUACCUCCAAUUAUGCAAAGCCCCCAAGACUUGUAAUCUUAGAUUUAACCAGCUGUGAUGAGAUGACUGGUAAAAAUUAUCAAAAUGAUCUCUGCGCCUUUUGAGUUUUGACACAAUUGAACAUCAGAGGUGUAUGGUUUUCCUUGCGUGACCUGUAACUUUUUCUUAUUACUUAUGCCAACUCAUUGUGGUCUCUGAAAUUUGUCGUUGUGGUGAAACACUGAAAUGUUUGCUUUCAUUCA